ACUGCUUAGACCUCGAUAAUCACAAGACUAGACCCUUGUCCUAGUUAGUUUCAUCCUUCUUGUCUACAAAUAGAAAACGUCAACCAUUCCAUUUCCUAACAAACUUUUCAGAAUAUUGAUAUCUUUCUCCAAAAUAAAGAUAAUGAGUUUCAAGAGCAUGGAGGAAUUCUGGCCAUUUUACUUGAAACAACACUCAAAACCGGCGACACGAAGAUGGCAUUUUGCCAGUACCCUUACUAGCAUUUUGUGCUUGAUUUAUGCAGUUUGGUUCAAAUGGUGGUUCGUGUUCCUCGUGCCUUUGCUUGGUUAUGGUAUGGCAUGGUAUAGCCACUUUUAUGUAGAAGGAAACAAACCUGCAACUUUCGGUCAUCCGGUUUGGUCCCUCUUGUGUGAUUACAAGAUGUUUGGUUUGAUGCUCACCGGUCAGAUGGAUAGAGAAAUCAAAAGGCUUGGUAAAAGACAUGGCAUGCAACUCAACUAAUUUGUGUUUCAUAUGCUUAUAAUAAUAUGUUUGGUUUGGUUUAGUUUGGUCAUCUGUUUGAAUAAUUUGUCUUGCUGUGUUUAUAAAUAUCAAAGAAUCUAUUGUUUUCAAAGUCAUUCUUCACUAUGCUUUGGAUGAGAUUGAAUUUGCAAUGGGACUUCUGGAUUGGUACUACAUAAACUGACAGACUCUUGUUGAUUAUUCCUAUGUUAACUAAUUUCAUUAAACUAUAACCUGUGAUGUAACCAAUAUAUCAAGAGAUAAAGAUAUCAUUUCUGUAUAUUUUUGUUUACAUGACCUUGCUUUUAAAAUACACGUGUCAGGUGCACAUAAUGCAUGAUGUGUUGGAAAUUUGAGAAAAUAGCAACUUUCACAAAUAUAGGAAAUUCAUUUUUUCUAAUUUUGUAUUAGAAAUAAACUAGAAGAUGACCCCCCGUGGUGCGGCGGGAUGUUUUGUAUUUAUUAUGCUCGUCCGACCCGUUGUCCAAAAUAUAGGCAAAUAUAUAUAGAUGAUUCGAAAUAUAAUUCACUGCCAUUAGCAUUCAACAUUCAAGACCAUUUUAUCACCAAUUUUUUUCUUAUAUGUAUAUGACCUUGUACUGAUUGUCAUUUAACUACUUUUUACCAAUUUAGUAACAAACUAAAUCCUACGGCAGAUUUCUAACACCAUUUUCACAGCAACUUUUGACAAAAUUUCACAGCAAACAAAACAAUUUUAAGCACAGUUUCACAACAAAUCGCAACAUUAUUCUCGUGUAACAUCUACCUAAAUAUGUAUGCAAAAGAAAUGGCAUGUGUUUAUCUAUUAGUGUUGCUGUAGAUUACAACUUAGGAACAUAGCGUUAAAGAACAAAAAUUACAACUUUUCAAUCACCAGUUUGAACCAUUUGAUCAAAUAACUACCAGAAAAGUUCAUGUGUUCCAGACAUACUCAUCAUACACUAAAUUCAACUAAAAAGGUGAAUUCAUCAAUUAAUAUGAAUGUGAAAUGUGAAGAAACCCAGAUCCAUAAAAGAAAACAAAACCUACUUACAAUAUCAAAUUGGCUUUGAGAAACAAUUCUAAUACUAUUUCUGUUCACUAACAGAUCAACAUCCAUAAAAGUCGCAUAUUCAGUUUUGCAAUAUGCAUUCAAGAUCACCACACCAACAUAAAGAUUAAAGAUUUACAACUCACCUAGAUGAACAUAAA